AUCGUGCUCUACCUGACUGUUGGCACGACUCACAUUCCUCGCCCUGAGGAUUGGCCUGUCAUGCCAGUUGAGCACGUUAAUUUGAUGUUCAAACCUAACAAUUUCUUCACGAAGAAUCCGAGCAUGGAUGUCCCAGGAACAAACGACCCGAUGAGCAAGCCAGCCUUCAAUGGAGCGAAUGGCGCCAACGGCUCGAACGGCGCUUGCUGCUCCCAUUAAUGUGAUACCACUCACCCGACGUUUUCUUGGUUCUGCGUACUCGAAGGACACCAGUGUAUAACAUUUUUUUCACCGCUAUCGACUGCCCAUGCGUGUAUCAGAUAUCUCGAGUACCUAGUAUGAUUUCUCGGACAAAGAUCCGAGCGUUUAAUUUGUCUCCACUGUAUUACCUAUGCCUACUUGGAUAAAUUUCCAAGCUACUUAAUACGAUUUACUGCUGUCAUCUGUGAUCU